GACACCGAUCCCUUUGCAUGUGCCAACUUCCCGGAGCCGCGCCGGGCCCCCACCUGCAGCCUGGACGGGGCGCUGCCCCUGGGCGCACAGAUACCCGCGCUGCACCGCUUGCUGGGGGCGCCGCUCAAGCUAGAGGACUGUGCCCUGCAAGUGUCUCCCUCUGGAUACUACCUGGACCCUGAGCUGUCCCUGGAAGAGCAGCGGGAAAUGCUGGAGGGCUUCUAUGAAGAGAUCAGCAAAGGGCGGAAGCCGACAUUGAUCCUGCGGACCCAGCUCUCCGUGAGAGUCAAUGCCAUCUUAGAAAAAUUAUAUGGCUCCAGUGGCCCUGAGCUCCGCCGCUCUCUCUUCUCACUAAAGCAGAUCUUCCAGGAGGACAAGGACCUGGUGCCUGAAUUUGUGCACUCAGAGGGGCUGAGUUGCCUGAUCCGUGUGGGUGCUGCUGCUGACCACAACUACCAGAGCUACAUCCUCCGAGCACUGGGCCAGGUGAUGCUUUUUGUGGAUGGGAUGCUGGGAGUGGUGGCCCACUCUGAGACCGUGCAGUGGCUGUACAUGUUGUGUGCCAGCCUGUCCCGCUUGGUGGUGAAGACGGCUCUGAAGCUGCUGCUGGUGUUUGUGGAAUACUCUGAGAGCAAUGCACCGCUGUUCAUCUACGCAGUCAACUCUGUGGCCAGCACCACCGGUGCUCUGCCAUGGGCCAACCUGGUGUGCAUCCUAGAGGAGAAGAAUGGUGCAGACCCUGAGCUGCUGGUGUACACAGUCACCCUCAUCAACAAGACGCUGGCAGCGCUCCCAGAUCAGGACUCCUUCUAUGACGUGACGGAUGCACUGGAGCAGCAGGGCAUGGAGGCACUGGUCCAGCGGCACUUGGGCGCUGCGGGCACUGACAUCGACUUACGUGCACAGCUUGUGCUCUAUGAGAGUGCCCUGCGGAUGGAGGAUGGAGACAUCGAGGAAGCCGCCGCAGGUGGGCGGCGGGAGCGUAGAAAGCCCUCUUCAGAGGAAGGCAAGAGGAGCCGCCGAUCUCUAGAAGGCGGGGCCUGCCAUGUGCGCACCUCGGAGCCUGGCCCCACAGGGCCCUCCUCCUCCUCCUCCAGCCCUGACCCACUCACAAGCCCAGUGCACAGCCCCAUGGGCCCUGCCUCUGGCCUCUGUACCUCUGCGAACCUCUUUCCUGCCCUCUCUGUGGCGUCCUCAGCUGACAGCUCCUGUGAGAGGAGCAUCUACAAAGCCCGGUUCCUGGAGAAUGUGGCAGCAGCAGAAACAGAGAAGCAGGCUGCGCUGGCCCAGGGCCGGGCAGAGGCCUUGGCUGGGGCAGUGCCCGAUGAGGCUGAUGGACACCCAGAUGCCCGCGAACUGUGGAGUUCCCCUGAACCGGUCCCAGUUUCUGUACCCAAAACACCCCAGAGCCCUGCCCCCCGAGUCCUGCUCAGGUCCCAGAGGAGCCUUGAGCCAGAGCCCAAGGAGCCACUGGCUCCACCAAGCCCCAAGGCCGAGCCCACCCAGAAGUUCUCUACCCAUGUACCCAAGCUCUGCAUUGGGGACCUGGACUUCUCAGAUCUGAGGGAGGACGAAGACCAGGACAUACUGAACAUAGAGACUGUAGAGGCUGGGAAAGGGGUCCCGCCCCCACCACCCCCACUGCCCUCUGCCCCUCUUCCCCCAUCAGCGCCUGACGGCCUAGCCCUCCCCACCAAGAGGAAGACAGUCAAACUCUUCUGGCGGGAGCUGAAGCUGGCUGGGGGGCAUGGAAGCUCUGGGAGCCGCUAUGGGCCCUGCUCCACCCUGUGGGCCUCCCUGGAGCCUGUCUCUGUGGACACAGCCCGGCUGGAACACCUGUUUGAGUCCCGUGCCAAGGACGUAUUACCUUCCAAGAAAGCUGGUGAGGGCCGCCGGACAAUGACCACAGUGCUGGACCCCAAGCGCAGCAACGCUAUCAACAUUGGUCUAACCACACUGCCACCGGUGCAUGUCAUCAAGGCUGCCCUGGUCAACUUCGAUGAGUUUGCUGUCAGCAAGGACGGCAUUGAGAAACUGCUGACCAUGAUGCCCACGGAAGAGGAGCGGCAGAAGAUCGAGGAGGCCCACCUGGCCAACCCUGACAUACCUUUGGCCCCAGCUGAGACUUUCCUGAUGACUCUUGCCUCCAUCGGGGGCCUGGCUGCCCGCCUACAACUCUGGGCCUUCAAGCUGGACUAUGACAGCAUGGAACGGGAAAUCGCAGAGCCACUGUUUGACCUGAAAGUGGGCAUGGAACAGCUGGUGCAUAAUGCCACCUUCCGCUGCAUUCUGGCCACCCUUCUGGCUGUGGGCAACUUCCUCAAUGGCUCCCAGAGCAGUGGCUUUGAGCUGAGCUACCUGGAGAAAGUGUCAGAGGUGAAGGACACCGUGCGCAGGCAAUCACUGCUGCACCAUCUCUGCUCCUUGGUGCUCCAGAUGCGGCCUGAUUCCUCCGACCUCUACUCAGAAAUCCCCGGCUUGAUCCGCUGUGCCAAGGUGGACUUUGAACAGCUGGCUGAGAACCUGGGGCAGCUGGAGCAUCGGAGCCAUGCAGCUGAGGAGAGUCUGCGGAGCUUGGCCAAGCAUGAGCUGGCCCCGGCCCUGCGUACCCGCCUCACCCAGUUCCUGGCCCACUGUUCCCGACGCGUUACCAUGCUGCGAGUAGUGCACCGCCGUGUCUGCAACAGGUUCCACGCCUUCCUGCUGUACCUGGGGUACACCGCACAGGCAGCCCGUGAAGUGCGCAUCAUGCAGUUCUGCCACACGCUGCGGGAGUUUUCGCUGGAGUACCGGACUUGCCGAGAUCGGGUGCUCCAGCAGCAGCAGAAGCGGGCCACAUACCGUGAGCGCAACAAGACCCGGGGACGCAUGAUCACUGAGACAGAGAAGUUCUCAGGAGUGGCUGGGGAAGCCCCCAGCAACCCAUCUGUCCCAGUGGCUGUGGGUAGUGGGCCAGGCCAGGGUGAUGCAGACAGUCACGCCAGCAUGAAGAGUCUGCUGACCAGUAAGCCUGAAGAGGCCACACACAGCCGCCGCAGCAGAGGCCUGGUCCAGAGCAGUUCCCCAGUGCCCACAGCAGUGAGGGCCUCCAAUGCACCCCCAGAAGAAUCCCCAGGCUCCAGUUCACCCAGUGACACUUCAGAUGAGAUCAUGGACCUGCUGGUGCAGUCAGUGACCAAGAGCAGUCCUCGUGCCUUAGCUGCUCGGGAACGCAAGCGUUCCCGUGGCAACCGCAAAUCUUUGAGACGGACACUGAAGAGCGGACUUGGAGAAGACCUGGUGCAGGCACUGGGACUGAGCAAGGGACCUGGCCUGGAGGUGUGAAGCCGCAGCCUCCAGAAUAUCUACCUGGGCCACAGCCUGCAUGCAAAAGACUAUAUAGAUUGAGGAGGGGCCAGAGCAGAAUUCUGGGCA